AUGGCCAGCUGUCAAGCUCUAAAAUACAUCGCAGUUGUAUAUAAUGUUUUUUUAUGGAUUGCUGGAGUUUUCUUAUUGAUACUUGGUGCUUUGAUUGUUCUCGAUCCAUCCGCUGCUGAUUUCUUCUCUUUAUACUCUGCUCAUGCAAAUUCUUUCCGAUUAGUCGGAUGGUUAGUAUUGGCAGCCGGAACCAUUCUAACAUUCACAGGCUUUUGUGGCUAUUGUGGAGCAUGGAAGGAUAACAAAUGUUGUUUGCUUUUAUUCUUCGCUGUGUUGCUGUUUGUCUUUUCCCUUGAGCUGACAGCUGCUGUUCUUGCCAACACCAAACAAGAACGUAUCCGAUCUUAUGUUGAGGAUAGCAUGUAUGACGCCAUUCGUACGAAGUAUGCCCAUGAUUCUGCUUAUAAGGCUGCCAUUGACAAAAUUCAAACCGAGAUGAAAUGCUGUGGAGUACGCACUUAUAAGGAUUGGUUGGAAGCCAGUUGGGAAAAAGCUGGCAAAGGUUCCGGUGAUUCCACAAGUGAAUUCCGUACUGAACACGGUAUCGGUGCUUUAGGUGGAAGAGUUCCUGGAAAAGAAAAUGGAAGAGUACCUUUUUCGUGCUGUAAUGAAAAUGGCCUUCUGCAAUAUCCCGGAAAUUGCGGUGUUUCCUUUUAUCAGGCACCUCUAGAUUCAUAUGCUGACUUCCUCAAUGACAAGGGAUGCUCUGACGCACUUUAUGAUAUGGCAUAUAGCUAUCUCGAUUGGGUCAUUGGAGGAUGCGUUUUGAUUGGAAUUCUCCAAUUGAUCGGAAUGGUUUUAGCAGCUGUAUUGAUCUGUUGCAGACAUGGAACUAGUAAAAACUAUUAA